AUGAAUGGUUGGCUCACAUUCGCAGAAUGGUUCUCUGUUAACCAGCCAAUGUGGAUAAACAAAGCGGUGUCUGCUCCCAGCUACCUGGUUACUGGUAACAUUUCCACGGAAGGUGUCAUAGAAACCAGUUUGUUCGGGUUAGGCCCCCUGGCAAUGCCGGCCCAAGCCGCUGGAGAAUGCAAGGGGCAUAGGCGAAAGAGGCAAUGUGGAAUGAUGGUGCAGAGCAAGCCGGGGGUGGCUUCAAUUAUGGCAUACUAA